UCAGAGCACCUUUGAAAUGCCAUGGACUUGGAGCAGGAAGCACCACUUGAAGAGCGAGUGGGGCAGAUCGAGAUAGAGCUUCAGCGAGCUUUGGAGGAAGUCGAGGCAUGUUCAGUCCUUGUGCUGUCGCUGGAUGGCGUCAGCCUUGGAACGGCUUCAGGCUCCGCAGGAGGCCGACGCCUGGAGACCGACUCGGAAGAGACCCUGCGGUUGAAGGCCCGCAUCGAUGUGUUGGAAGAAGCCUGGGCCCUUCGAAGUACCACAGUGGGACAGAGGGCCGAGGAGUCCAUUGCGCGAGUUGAGGAGGAGGUGAAGAAGAUUUGGAGGGAGUUGUUGUCAAAGGAACGCAACCCAUCCAAAGAGUCUGGACACGUCGAGGCAAGGCUCAUUGAAGACCUGAAGCAACGGCUUGAAAAGACCCAAAGCCAGGUGGCUGAGUUGAACGCGCUCAAACCUGAAGAUGUGGACUCCUUGAUGAAAAAGAUGAUUGAUGAGGUCGGUCAUUCUGUGAAGCUCUUGGGGGACCGAUGCUCGAAGCUGGAGGUGGAGCUUGCAACAAUGCAGGCGACAGAUGUAUCCUCUCAGGCGGAUCGGGAACGCACUGAACAGCUGGAGAAGAUGGUGGAUCUAUUGCUGCAGCAGCGGCGCCAGGAUCUGCAGGAGAGCCAGGCCAACUUUCGAGAGGUCGAAGCCAGGUUUCUUGAUCUAGACCAGAGAGAUCAUGCAGAGGCGGAGAUGAAAAAUCGGGGGUUGUCUAAAACAAUGGGUACUCAGGUACAGUUGCCUGGCUGGUACAGUAUUGGUUUAUCAACCACUCUGCCACAGGCCAUUCGAAAGGAGAUCCAAGAAGUGCGCUCAACCCACGUGCAUAUGAAGGCCAUGAAAGCCAUGCAAGAAGGGCUUGCAGCAGUCCGUGCAGAGGUCAAGAAGCUGAGCGAAGUGGUUGAAGCUGUUCAAGCCUCAAGCACACCUCGCGCAGAGGCCCAGGCCGAUGGCUCCUCCCGGGAGGUCUUGGCAUUGAAGGCUCAGGUCAGUGACCUCCAGGAGCAGGUGACCCUUCUGGUGGUGAGAGGUUUGGAAGAGCGCUUUGCCAACUUGCGCGCCGACGUCUCGCGCGAGGCCAUCCCAAUCGGUGUUUCUUUUCUGAUUUUUGAGGCCAUUGCUUCGACAAUUUGGCAACGGUGA